AACAAACAACUAACAGUCGCCCUUUCUCCCCAAACGCAGACCGUACCGGGGCGUGGCGCGGUCACUGCCGGGCGGAGCCGGGGCUGUCUGUGUCGGUGAACUCGACCACACAAAGCAGAGGAAACAAAACAAAGCCAGGAAGCCUGGCAAUAACUCGGAAUUCACAGCUUCUACUCUAGAUUUUGCUUUAGCCUUUGAAAAGCCCGUUUCCAAUACUUGGGACACCGCUGCUGCUGGGAGAGAGGACAAUAGCACCUCUGGGUGAUCAAAGUGUGGCGUAACGUCUCCUGCUGAGUCAGCUGUGUGCUGUGCAGCGUCCUGAUGAACGGGGGUCGGCGCAGCGCGGCGGACUGUCCGGUGGGCGGUGUCUUCUCGGCGGAUGGGCUGCCGCCGCUGCCCAGAGGCCUGAGCGGCAUCCUGAACUCCAGCGGCGGGUCGUGGAGGGACAUCGAGAAGGUGCACAGCAAGAGAGCGCGCAUACAGGCCGACAUCAGCCGGGGUGGCGGGGACGCGCCGCGCGGUCACGGCAAACCGGGCGGACUGGGCGCUGCUCUGGCUCUGCUGCGGAAAGAGAUAGUGGGGCUGCGUCAGCUCGACAUGUCUCUGCUUUGCCAGCUGUGGUCUCUCCAUGAGUCCAUCCAGGAGUACAAGGGCUCCUCGCUGCUGUCCGAGGCCUCGCUCAGUGCUGAUAAUGGAUCCUCUGAGGAGGAGGAGGAGGAUCAGGGGGAGACAGGAGUUCUCUCACUGCCUCUGUCCUCUUCGUCCUUGUCUCUGCCUCCACCCAACAGCAACUCCAGGGACCAGUGGAUCAAAGACUCUUUUCAUAUCCCCUGAUGACGAUACACACAAGCUCCAUGCACUAUGCACUGUGGAGACACCUUAACUGUUUUCUUGAAUUUCAUGUCUAUUUCUAAACCUUUAGGCCCUAUUUACACUACUUUUUUGCCAUACAUGUCUUAUCCAGCUUGUUUUUCUGGCUGUGGGUCGAUUUCUUUAUUUUUAUUGUUUUAUUUUUUAUAUACAGCAAAUCAAUAUCUCAGGGUAUGAGUAAUACAUAGUGUUGAAUAACUGUUUAUUAGCUUCUAAUCUCGCACUACCUGUGUCCUUAAUUUUCCAUUGGUUGUAUAUCUCAUCAGAAAUAACGCCAACUCGAAGAGGGGAAAAAAAUCAAGACCGAUAAGUAAGAACAGAUGUUAACAGCUUUUUACUCUCUUUUUUUUUAAUCAUCUUUGUGCUACUACAAGCUGCUUUCUUGUUAUCAAUAGAUUUAUGUUGAAUAUUUUGAUAAUUAGUGUAUAAUCAGGUAUUUCCUCUUUUGAUACAUCUAAUCCCUGUUUGUAGGUUCUUGAUAAUUCCAAACAUUUCAGACUCCUCGCUCUGUAAAUCGAGCAGGAUAAACUUUCUGACAUAUUCAGCAUGACAUAUUCUGCCAUUUAGUGUCUUGACUGAAGAACAGAAAUCAGCUGUCAAUCAAUAAUCUGUGUUCUCUUUCGCUGUAUGAGCAUUUGACACAGUAUACACACUUCUUACCCAAAUAUAAAGAGCAAUUAUUUUGCAAAUGGAAAUUUUUGAAGAUC